AUGUCGACUUCUACCACGUGUAAACCAAUCAUCAUCGGUCUCUACGGUGUAUCUGCAUCUGGAAAAACAUACCUUCUAAACAGACUCAAGAGUGCUACCAAUCUUCAAAACGAGCACUUUGCCUUCCACGAUGGCUCAGCACUCAUCGAUGGCAUCACUACAGGCGGUCUCGCGGCCUUCAACACCCUGGAUCUGAACGAACAGGCCGAGAUCCGUGAGUUCGCGCUCACAAAGGUCACUGAACAAUGCCGUGCUCGAGACGAGGUAGCUGUGAUCGCCGGCCAUUACACGUUUUGGCCCAACGAAGCCGAGCCCGCUGGUCAAAUUGUCGGAACCGCCAAGGACUGGGAGACGUACACGCAUGUUGUGUACUUGCACGUUGAGCCAGAGAUGAUCGCUGAACGACAAAAGUCGGACCGUGACAAGAAACGAACCAAGCAUUCUAUUGAACACCUGCGCAAGUGGCAGGAUGAGGAGAUGGCUGGUUUGCGCGAGGUAUGCCUAGCGAAGGGUAUCUUGUUCACUACGCUAUCGAACAAGACUUCGACUGAGGCAAGUAUUCUGGAGCGGCUCGUGGCUCUACUGAAAGAUUUCCAACAGCACGGCGAGGAGUUGAACAUUCAAGCCGUGGAAGAUGCCGUCGCCAUAGUCACUGCAGGUCAGAAUCAGAUGGAUACGAUGCUGAUGCUUGACGCUGACAGAACGCUCGCUCCCCAGGACACUGGGUCACUCUUCUGGGACGAAGUUGGUCCUUGCAAAAGGCUCCCCAAUCAUCCCUUGAAGCGUAUCUUCGAUAACCAGGGCUACUCGUACGCCUCUUUCCGCCAAGCGACGCUCCUCUAUGAAGAGCUGGCUGACGAGUUCGACGCUAUAUGCGACAAGGUCGUUGACAAGGUUGAGAUGUACCCAGAGUUGAUUACCCUCCUUGCCCGCGUGGCGGAAACACCCCACGUUGGCGCCGUUGUCGUAACCUGUGGUCUUCGCACUGUCUGGGAGAAGGUCCUCGAAAAGAACGGCCUAUCGCACGUCACGGUUAUUGGCAGUGGACGCAUCAAGGACGGUUAUGUCAUCACCGGCUCGACGAAAGCUCACAUUGUCGACAAAUUGCACGAGAAGAGGCUCAGCGUCCUAGCCUUUGGCGAUAGCCCUCUUGACAUCGAAAUGUUCCAGCGAGCAGACGGAGCGUACGUUGUUGUUGGCGACAAGGCAACCAGGAGCACUUCGAUGGACCAGGCACUCACAACAGCGAUCGAGCAAGGCCUAGGCGCUCUUCAGAUCAUUCUUCCCAAAGACGCCGGGCACAGGCUAGAUCUCGACCGGCUGCCGAAGGUCAACCUGGGAACCGCCGAAAUGGACUUCAUCUUCCGUCGAAGAGAACCGUUGGACCGUUUCAUGCACGCAACCGAAAAGAACGCAGCGAAGCUGAUGAUGACGUUAAGCCGCAACGCCGGAAAUUCUGGUCACGAUCUUCGUGAGAUCCAUGCGCGCAUUGGAGACUACCUGGCUAUGGAGUACGUCAGCGAAAUCGUUGGCCUCGAGGAGACGGCCAUUCCACACGUUCAGAAGAGGCCUACGGACGGAUUUCGAUUCCGUCACGAGAGAAACACGUUAAUCGUUCCACUGAUGCGGGGAGGGGAACCCAUGGCGUUCGGCGUGAGCAAGGCGAUGAAGCUAGCCAGCUUCGCUCAUGCCAACGCAUAUGAAGAUAUCGAUAUAGGGAAUUUCAAGGGAAAGCGAACCAUCAUCCUGGUCGACGCGGUAAUCAACACCGGUGCUUCAAUUCUCGACUUCGUGACGUCGUUGAGGAAGGAUCUUCCAACGGUGAUGGUCAUCGUGGUCGCUGAAGUCAUUCAGGCGCAGUUAGUGGAUCAUGUCGACGGUCGGUUAAUGCUGGCGUUGGAGAAGGAUCGCAACUUGUACGUCGUUGCACUGCGCACGUCCAACAACAAGUUCAAGGGCACGGGUGUGACGGAUACAGGUGGCCGGCUGUUCAAUACGACCUAUCUAGCGUAA